AUGUCCACCUUCAAGGGCUCCGUCAGUGUCACAUACAUCGGCACAGCCACUGCCCUCCUCCAGAUCGACAAUGUCACUUUCUUGACAGACCCCUUCUUUUCCCCCUCUGGCGCCGAAUGGGACCUCCAAGUUGUCUUGCUCAAAGUCUCUCAAGAUCCUGCCAUCAAGCCUGCAGACCUUCCUCCCAUUGACGCUGUCCUCCUCAGCCACGAGGACCACCCUGACAAUCUCGACGAGAUCGGCCGCCAGGUUCUCGAAGGCAAGAAAGUCUUCACCACCAAGGAUGGCGCCAAGAACAUCGGGAACAAGGCCAUUGUCACUGGCAUGAAUGCUGGUGACAAGACAACCCUCGUCGCGAAUGGCAAGACCUUUGAGAUCAUUGCUACGCCGGCUGAGCACGCUCCUCAGGGCGAGUGUAUUGGCUUCAUUGUCACAUCGCCCGACUUUGGCACCACCAACGGCCUUCCCAACGCCAUCUUCUUUUCCGGAGACACCAUCUACAACCAAGAUGUUGCCAACAGCCUCAAGGGGUACCACAUCAGCCUUGCUCUGCUCAACCUCGGCCGUGCAGCUGUUGAGGUGGGCGCACCUGAGCCCUUGGCUAUUACCAUGGACGGCAAGCAGGCUGCUCAGCUCAUCAAGGAUGCCGAUGUCGAGAAGGUUGUGCCGAUGCACUUUGAGGGAUGGGGUCACUUCAGUGAGGGGAGGGAGGAGGCUACCAAGGCUUUCGCGGAGGCUGGUGUUAGUGACAAGGUAUUGUGGCUGCCUCGUGGUGAGCGCAAGGGUCUUUUCUAG